CUGCUCCCGUGCUGGGUGUAAGGAGGGCAGAGCCGACAGCGCACCGACAAGGAGACCGUAAACUACCGGCCGGGCCGGAGAACUCCCGGACGCACAGGGUUUACAAUGACGACCCAAGUGACGCUGGAGGACGCUCUGUCCAAUGUAGACCUGUUAGAAGAACUGCCACUACCUGACCAGCAGCCCUGUAUCGAACCUCCGCCAUCUUCGCUUUUGUACCAGCCUAAUUUUAACACUAAUUUUGAAGACCGGAAUGCCUUUGUCACUGGCAUUGCAAGAUACAUCGAGCAGGCUACUGUCCACUCCAGCAUGAAUGUGAUGCUGGAAGAAGGACAAGAAUACGCAGUCAUGCUGUACACAUGGAGAAGCUGCUCCAGGGCCAUACCACAGGUUAAAUGCAAUGAGCAGCCGAACCGUGUGGAAAUCUAUGAGAAGACAGUGGAGGUUUUGGAACCAGAAGUUACCAAGCUGAUGAACUUCAUGUACUUUCAGAGGAACGCCACUGAACGGUUCUGUGCAGAGGUCAAACGACUGUGUCAUGCCGAACGAAGGAAAGACUUUGUGUCUGAAGCCUACCUACUCACCCUUGGAAAGUUCAUCAAUAUGUUUGCAGUGUUGGAUGAGCUAAAAAACAUGAAGUGCAGUGUGAAAAAUGACCAUUCAGCCUACAAGAGAGCAGCACAGUUUUUGAGAAAAAUGGCAGACCCUCAAUCUAUUCAAGAAUCUCAGAAUUUGUCCAUGUUUCUUGCCAACCACAACAAGAUCACGCAGUCACUGCAGCAGCAGCUGGAAGUCAUUCCAGGCUACGAGGAGCUUCUUGCUGAUAUAGUGAACUUAUGUGUUGACUACUACGACAAUAAAAUGUACCUGACGCCUGGGGAGAAACACAUGCUCCUAAAAGUUAUGGGCUUUGGAUUGUACCUUAUGGAUGGAAACGUGAGCAAUAUUUACAAGCUAGAUGCCAAGAAGAGAAUAAACCUUUCCAAAAUAGAUAAGUUCUUCAAGCAGCUGCAGGUGGUCCCGCUAUUCGGAGACAUGCAGAUCGAACUGGCGAGAUACAUUAAAACCAGUGCACAUUACGAGGAGAACAAGUCGAGGUGGACUUGCACCUCUUCUAGCAGCAGUCCACAGUACAACAUCUGUGAGCAGAUGAUCCAGAUCAGGGAAGACCACAUGCGCUUUAUCUCUGAGCUGGCCCGUUACAGCAAUAGUGAGGUGGUGACUGGAUCUGGCCGCCAAGAGGCCCAGAAGACUGAUGCAGAAUACCGGAAACUGUUUGACUUGGCUCUUCAAGGACUGCAGCUCCUGUCCCAGUGGAGUGCUCAUGUCAUGGAAGUGUACUCAUGGAAGCUUGUGCACCCAACUGACAAAUACUCUAACAAAGACUGUCCAGACAAUGCCGAGGAAUAUGAGAGAGCCACUCGGUACAACUACACCAGCGAGGAGAAAUUUGCUCUGGUUGAAGUCAUUGCAAUGAUUAAAGGUCUUCAAGUCCUCAUGGGCCGAAUGGAGAGUGUAUUUAACCAUGCGAUCAGGCACACUAUAUAUGCUGCCCUUCAGGACUUUGCUCAGGUUACAUUACGAGAACCCCUGAGACAAGCUAUCAAGAAGAAGAAGAAUGUGAUACAGAGUGUUCUUCAGGCAAUCAGGAAAACUGUUUGUGACUGGGGAGCAGGGCGUGAGCCUUUUAAUGACCCUGCCCUCAAAGGAGAGAAAGACCCCAAGACUGGGUUUGAUAUCAAAGUUCCAAGACGUGCUGUGGGACCCUCCAGCACCCAGCUUUACAUGGUGAGAACCAUGCUAGAGUCACUCAUUGCUGAAAAAAGUGGCUCCAAGAAAACGCUGAGAAGUAGCCUAGAAGGUCCCACCAUUUUGGACAUAGAAAAAUUCCACCGCGAAUCUUUCUUCUACACACAUUUGCUUAACUUCAGUGAGACCUUACAGCAGUGUUGUGACCUGUCCCAGCUGUGGUUUAGAGAGUUCUUCCUGGAGCUAACCAUGGGUCGCAGAAUUCAGUUUCCUAUUGAGAUGUCCAUGCCCUGGAUACUGACUGAUCAUAUUCUGGAGACGAAGGAAGCCUCCAUGAUGGAAUAUGUCCUAUAUUCACUGGAUCUGUACAACGACAGUGCAAAUUAUGCCCUCACAAAGUUUAAGAAGCAGUUCCUUUACGAUGAGAUUGAGGCUGAGGUCAAUCUGUGCUUUGACCAGUUUGUCUACAAGCUGGCUGACCAGAUCUUUGCCCAAUUCAAAACUGUAGCCGGGAGUCUCCUUCUAGAUAAAAGAUUACGAGCAGAUUGUAAGAACCAAGGAGUCAACCUCUCCCAGCCAACAUCCAAUCGCUACGACACAUUGCUGAAGCAACGGCACGUCCAGCUUUUAGGUAGAUCGAUUGAUCUGAAUCGUUUGAUCACUCAGAGGAUUACAGCAGCCAUGUACAAGUCGCUGGAGCUGGCCAUUGGGCGCUUUGAGAGUGAGGACCUGACUUCCAUCGUUGAACUGGAUGGUCUUAUUGAAGUAAACCGAAUGACACACAAACUGUUGAGCAAAUACCUGACCCUUGACAGUUUUGAUGCCAUGUUUCGGGAGGCAAAUCAUAAUGUGUCUGCUCCUUAUGGUAGGAUCACCCUCCACGUCUUCUGGGAGCUCAACUAUGACUUUCUGCCUAACUACUGCUACAAUGGGUCAACCUACAGGUUUGUGCGCACCGUGCUUCCCUUCUCUCAGGAAUUUCAGCGUGACAAGCAGCCGAAUGCCCAGCCACAGUAUUUAUAUGGCUCCAAGAACUUGAACUUGGCCUACAACAGUAUUUACAGCUACUACCGACACUUUGUAGGGCCUCCACACUUCAAAGUGAUCUGCCGUCUUUUGGGGUACCAGGGCAUUGCAGUGGUGAUGGAGGAAUUACUGAAAGUUGUAAAGAGCCUGCUGCAAGGCACGAUUCUGCAAUAUGUGAAAACUCUGAUGGAAGUCAUGCCCAAGAUCUGCAGGCUACCCAGGCAUGAAUAUGGCUCCCCCGGUAUAUUGGAGUUUUUUCAUCACCAGCUGAAGGACAUUGUAGAAUAUGCAGAGUUGAAGACCGUGUGCUUUCAGAACCUGAGAGAAGUGGGGAAUGCUCUUCUCUUCUGCCUUCUCAUUGAACAGAGCCUGUCACUAGAAGAGGUCUGCGAUUUGCUUCAUGCCGCUCCGUUCCAGAAUAUUCUCCCAAGGGUCCAUGUUAAGGAAGGCGAACGCUUGGAAGCGAAGAUGAAGAGGCUGGAGUCUAAAUAUGCUCCUCUUCACCUGGUUCCUCUGAUAGAGAGGCUGGGUACCCCGCAGCAAAUUGCCAUCGCAAGGGAAGGGGACCUGCUGACCAAGGAACGUCUUUGUUGUGGCCUGUCCAUGUUUGAAGUCAUUCUGACUCGGGUUCGGAGCUUUCUGGAUGAUCCUAUCUGGCGUGGCCCGCUUCCUAGUAAUGGAGUGAUGCAUGUGGACGAAUGUGUGGAAUUCCAUCGUCUCUGGAGUGCCAUGCAGUUUGUCUACUGCAUCCCUGUGGGCACCCACGAGUUCACUGUAGAGCAGUGCUUUGGAGAUGGCUUGCACUGGGCAGGUUGCAUGAUUAUUGUGCUUUUGGGCCAAGAACGACGAUUUGAUGUCUUGGAUUUCUGCUACCAUUUGCUGAAAGUACAAAAGCAUGAUGGCAAGGAUGAAGUAAUCAAGAGUGUGGCCUUGAAGAAAAUGGUAGAACGCAUCCGCAAAUUCCAAAUCUUGAAUGAUGAAAUUUUUUCAACCUUGGAUAAGUACCUGAAGUCAGGCGAUGGAGAGAAUACACCAGUAGAACACGUUAGAUGCUUCCAGCCUCCCAUCCACCAAUCACUGGCUAGCAACUGAGAGCUGCUGCUGCCUUUACCUGCUGUCUUAACAUAUACACACUGCAAUGCCACUGUAAAUUGACUUUUUCUUAGGUGCAAAAUAUUCAGCAUUAUGUCUUUAAAAUAUGGCAAACGUAACAACCGGUAACACGACGGUUUUUGUUAAAUAUAUAUAUAUAGAGUUGUACAUGCGCAGCCUAUUUUUGUAAGCACAAACUUUUCUUUGCUUUUGGGCCUAUGGGAAAUAUAUCUAAUAACCUGAUGGGGACGUUUUAUAUUCUUAUAAUAAACCUCAGUAGUAGCAGCAUUUUGUUUUUGGGUUUAGUGACUGGAGGCUAAGUUAUUGUAAUUAAACUAGAUAUGAUAUGCGUAACACUAGCAGUUAUAAAACAAAACUUCAUAUUUUUGUUUCCUUAAUCAUUUUUACUUUGGGAGGAAGAUGAAUUUCAAAUACUGUCAAAAUAACAUUUUAAUCUCUAAUAACCAGCAGUUGCCUUGUUUUCUCUGAAGGUGAGUUUCCAAUAAAAAUCGUAUUAAAAGCC